GAAGUGAAGAAGUAUUCAGUCUUUUUCUUCAAGCCUGAAUAGCAAUUAAACAAGAGCAGCCAUGGUUGAGUGGACCGAUCAGGAGCGCACCAUCAUCUCCAAUAUCUUCGCCAACCUCGACUAUGACGAUAUCGGCCCCAAGGCUCUGUGCAGGUGUCUGAUCGUUUACCCCUGGACUCAGAGGUAUUUCGGGGCCUUCGGUAACCUCUACAACGCAGAUGCCAUCAAGAGCAACCCGAACAUUGCAGCCCACGGAAUCACUGUGCUGCACGGUCUGGACAGGGGUAUGAAGAACUUGGACAAGAUCAAGGCCACCUAUUCCGAGUUGAGCGUCCUGCACUCUGAGAAGCUGCACGUCGACCCCGACAACUUCAGGCUUCUGUCUGACUGCCUGACCAUCGUAAUCGCCGCCAAGAUGGGAAACAGCUUCACACCAGAGAUUCAGGCUGCCUGGCAGAAGUUCCUUACCGUUGUGGUGACUGCUCUGGGAAGGCAGUACCACUAACUCCAGCAGCUUCUUCACCUGGAUACCCAGAGGAGAGCUAACAUAUGUCCAGUGUCUCUUAAUAAAGAAAUAAAGAUCCACUGACGCAAA